AUGCAAACAUCCCCUAUCUUUCACUUCACAGUCAAAAUCAACGAGAGCCUCAAGGAAGACCUCCGGCGCAAACUGAACACCCCGGGCAAACAAACGGGACACGCGGCCAACCAGGAAGUGGGGGCAGACGAUGCCAUAACGAGAAUAGAGACAGGCAAUGUACUGUCUAUCCUUCACAGCAGUGGACUGCUGAUCGACAGUGGGGUUAAGGAAGAGGUGCACCGAAUUUUGUCAGGCGGCAAUCCCUCGUUGCUAGAGGGACUGUCCGUUGCCAUCAAGCACACCACCGUGGCGCAGUGCAUGCAACGCGAGUCUUCAUGGGCCGUGCUGGAUGUGGUGGAUACGCUCAGAGGAUUCACCAUGGCUGUGCACAGAGCAAAAGAGGACCGGUUUGGCCACAGGUACAGGUUUCCGGAAACGCACCCGGCCCUUGGUUCAUACCGUUUAGCGGAAGCCCUGGCAGAUGUGGUGCGGAUUAUGCUGGACAACUACGCGCGACGGAAGGAUUCGAUCUUCGUAGACGUUACUACAGGCCUGGGCCUCUCGUCUCUGAAUGCAGCACACAGUGGCUACAACACUCUGAUGAUCAACGGGCACAAGGUACACACCGCCAUGGUUCGGGUAUCUGCCUGCUUGCAGAACAUCAGUAUCACUCAGUCUGAUGAGACAAUCCAGUACCAUACAGCUAGACCUCAAGGAUCGCUGAUCCCUGUAGUAUCAGGGAUAGGCCCUACCCGCCGAGCCUGUGGUGUACUGUAUGAUCUAGACGACUUCAGCGAUGUGCGGUUGUCGUGCAACUCCGAUUCACAGCACCACUUGAGUGCAGCAGUGUGGGAUGCAACGGGCCACAAGCGGAUAUUGCAAGGCAAAGAGAACGUUAAUACGCUAGACAGCCAAUUAGGGGACCGUUCGGUGUCUGUGCUGAAGGUACUUCAAUCUUUGCAGGAAAAGUGUUUGGCGUCUAAUUUGGAAUCGUGCUUCCAGACCAUGUUUAUUGUAAAGCGGAUAUAG